GUGUACGGUUUUAGUGAAGCGAACAGAGUAAAACUCAACUCACAGUUGAAGGUGCCGAUCAGAGUAUACUUUGCAUCCACUGACGGUAGUUGUGUGGGCCGCUUGUGCAUCCGUAACUGAAUUCCGCGAGUGUUUUCCCGUGGAGGUGUGAAACCGAGGAACCCGAGAAGUUGCGUACGUGUGUGUGUUUGUGUGUUUAGUGCGUCCCUUUCUUUAGUAGACGCAUUGUUUUUGAAGUGUUCAACCACUCCAGACGCCUGCCCAGGAUAAAACGGUUUGGUUGUGUCAAACAGUACCGUAUUGUGCGUGCGUGUGUGAAAGAAAAUUCACCAGCGUCGACGAACACCGCCAAAGCCGGAAAAGCGUAUUUAAACAGCACCUCAUUUUUCUUACCAUCGCUCAGAGAUAACGGCAGUAGAAGGCAGAGCAUUACAAUGGCUUCCGGAGUAACUGUAUCGGAUGUGUGCAAGACCACUUAUGAAGAAAUAAAGAAAGAUAAGAAGCACCGCUACGUGAUUUUCUACAUUCGCGACGAGAAACAGAUCGAUGUCGAGGUGAUCGGUGACCGUAACGCGGAAUAUGACAGCUUCCUGGAGGACAUACAGAAAGGUGGUCCGGGUGAAUGCCGAUAUGGACUGUUUGAUUUCGAGUAUAUGCACCAGUGUCAAGGAACGUCAGAGAGUUCGAAGAAGCAGAAGCUUUUCUUGAUGUCCUGGUGCCCAGAUACUGCCAAGGUUAAGAAGAAGAUGUUGUACUCGAGCUCGUUUGAUGCGCUGAAGAAGUCGCUUGUCGGCGUCCAGAAAUACAUUCAGGCCACUGACCUUUCCGAGGCAUCUCGGGAAGCGGUCGAGGAGAAGCUGCGCGCCACUGAUCGUCAGUAAGGAACAAAAAAAAACAGUACUACUUAAGGAGCACGCACACAACAAAAGAACAGAAAAUCAUUUACAACAUACACAACACCCAUGAACAUCAAAAUCUUCAAGAGUGAGUACUACGGAAGCGGAUGGCGUGUAGCGAUGAGAUAACAAAGGAAGGAUUACAGAUAAAAAGGGAAAUAACCGAAAUCGGCAGGAAAAAUAAGGAAACAUUUUCAUUUAUACAUGCAUGCAUACACCCGUAACCUCUAACUAUCUACAAAGGAAUAACAACCUCUACUACUAUUAAUAACUACUAUCGGGAAGACUAUUCUGCUAUAAGAAAGGGGUAUACUAAUAACCAGCAUUAGUUAUGGAAAGAAGACGACAAAAACGCGUGUUGUAAUGUUAAACACAACGUGUAAUAACGUGUGUGGAAGAACAUCGGAACCGAAAGUUUAAGCGUGCACGCGCGCAUUUGGCGCAAGUGGAAUAUGAAUCGAUCGAGAUAUUCGCCGCCGCGACAAGGAGUAAUCAGUAGUCAAAUCACAACCCACACACCACACGAGACACACACGACAGAGCAGAAGUAGGUAGAGGUGGACGCGAAUUAAGGACAGGAAGAAUUGUAGGGGAUGGGUGAAUGAUCGGACGAAUAAUGCGUCAAGAAAUAAAGUAAGCGAAGAUAAAAAAA